UUUUCGCAAACACUCGAACGACUUCCCCUCGCGUUCACUCGCUACCGGCGCGUCAAUCGAUCUCAUCUUUCUCUAUAAAAGGGGGUUCGUUUUAGAUCCAGGCGGACAUAGGCUUCCGCGGGCGAGGAUGGUGGCUUCUUCGUGGCCGUCGCUGGAUGAGCUCGAUGCGGUGAGGAACAAGGUGGCCGAUAUGAGUGGCGCGGAUGUUAGGGAUGUGAGGGUUGUGGUUUCGCCAUAUCGGAUUUGCCCUCUCGGUGCCCACAUUGAUCAUCAGGGAGGAACCGUUACAGCUAUGACUAUCAAUAUGGGAAUACUGCUGGGCUUUGUCCCUUCACUUGAUGCUCAGGUUAUACUACGGUCUGGACAACUUCAUGGAGAAGUAAAGUUUAGAGUUGAUGAAGUUCAACACCCGAAAAAAAUUCCUGAAGAACCAGAUUGGGCAUGUUACCCCAGAGGUGCACUUUAUGCAUUGCAAAGUAAAGGACAUCAUCUCACUAAGGGUAUCACUGGGUUCAUUUGCGGUUCUGAGGAACAUAGUUCAGGGCUUAGCUCCUCCGCGGCUGUUGGCAUCGCUUACCUAUUAGCUUUGGAAACAGCAAAUUGUAAAAUCAUAGGUCCUGAAGAUAAUAUUGAAUUGGAUCGGCUAAUUGAGAAUGUGUAUCUACACCUCAAAAACGGUAUCCUGGAUCAGUCAGCUAUUUUGCUUUCGAAGUAUGGGUAUCUUACCUGGAUGGACUGCAAGACAAGAAAAUACGAUAAUGCCAACUUCUCAGAGCUGCAGAAAUGUCAGCAAUCCGAAGGACAAGCAACAUACAAGAUUUUAUUGGCAUUUUCAGGCUUAAAGGAACCUCUCAUGAGGAACUCUGGGUAUAAUACCCGAGUUUCAGAGUGCAGAGAGGCUGCAGAAACUCUUUUAGAUGCUUCGGGUAAUGGAAGUUUGGAACCUCUUCUUUGCAAUGUUGAUCCAGACUCCUUUGAAGCACACAAGAGUAUUUUAAAACCGAAUCUUGCAAAAAGAGCUCUCCACUACUUCUCAGAAAAUAAGCGGGUUAAGGAAGGACUGAAGGCGUGGGCUUCUGGAAAUUUGGAUGAUUUUGGGAAGCUAAUAUCUGCUUCUGGUCUCAGUUCCAUAGAGAACUAUGAGUGUGGGUGCAAGGAGAUGAUAGAUCUCUAUGAAAUCCUUCUGAAGGCUCCUGGUGUUUUCGGAGCCCGCUUCAGCGGUGCUGGAUUUAGAGGCUGCUGCCUUGCCCUGGUCGAUGCUGAUCUUACGGAUAAAGCCGCUGCCUUCGUCAAGCAGGAAUACCAAAAGGUUCAACCUGAGUUGGCCAGCAAGCUCCCGCAAGACAGGCUUGUGUUGAUAUGCGAACCAGGAGACUCUGCUCAUGUCAUAUAGCAAGUAGAAUUCAGCCACUGAAGGUACGUCGUUAACCUGCUAUCGCAAUUCUUAUUCAUUGUACAACUUGUCAUUCUAUUGUAAUAUCGCGUGCACAUUCGAUUUAUUGUUCCAUUCGACAUCUUCUGUCAUAAAAGUCUUUGCAUUUGUUGACACUUGAUAUGUGAAUGCUUUGUCGUUGCA